GGCGCCCGGCGGAGUGCGAGGAUGAGCGGCGGGGGCGGCGGUGAGGGCCGGGCGGGUACCAUCAGCUACGCUCUUCCCUCCAUCCCCUCCAGCAAACUCUCGGACUUGCAUUUCAUCAGCCGGGGCGCUUACGGGACCGUGUCCGCCGCCCGCCACGCCGACUGGAGGGUCCCGGUGGCCCUCAAAUGCCUGCAGGGGCCGCUGCUAGACAGUGAUAGAAAUCACCUUCUAAAAGAAGCAGAGAUAUUACACAAAGCCAGAUUUAGUUACAUUCUGCCAGUUUUGGGAAUUUGCAACGAGCCUGAAUUUCUGGGAAUAGUAACAGAAUACAUGACAAAUGGGUCAUUAAACCAGCUAUUACAUGGGAAAGAUGCAUAUCCUGACGUUCACUGGUGCCUGAGAUUCCGCAUUCUUUACGAAAUUGCCUUAGGAGUAAACUAUUUGCACAACAUGGAUCCUCCACUGCUGCACCAUGACUUAAAAACCCAGAACAUUUUGCUGGAUGAUGAGUUUCAUGUCAAGAUUGCAGAUUUUGGCAUGUCCAAAUGGCGCGUCAUAUCCAUGUCUCAAUCUCGAAGUGAAUCCUCUUUGCCAGAAGGAGGGACAAUUAUCUACAUGCCACCUGAAGACUACAACCCCAGUCAGAAAACCCGGGCAAGUGUGAAACAUGAUAUCUACAGUUAUGCAAUUAUCAUGUGGGAAGUGAUGUCAAGGAAACGACCAUUUGAAGAAGUUAUAGACCCCUUGCAGAUAAUGUUCAGCGUGUCACAAGGACAACGACUAGACUUAAGUGAAGAAAGUUUAUCAAUGGACAUUCCUCAUCGAAUGCUCAUCAUAAGACUGAUGGAAAGUGGAUGGGCACAAAACCCAGAUAAAAGACCAUCGUUCUUAAAAUGUUUAAUAGACCUUGAGCCAGUUCUGCGGACAUUUGAUGAAACAGCUAUGCUGGAAGCAGUAAUUGCGUUAAAGAGAUCAAAGUCACUAUAUGAAUCACAAUGUAUUUACAAGAGUGGAAAGAAAGCAAAUGUGGAGCAGAUUUCUCUAAAUAUACCUCUGAAUUCCCAAAAGGAAACAUAUUUUGGCUCCAUACAAUGUGGUGCACUUCCCCUUCGGAGCAUCUCUCCAGAUACAUCAAAGCUCAGCUCUGUCCAACAGUGUAAUAUCCUUUCAUCAGAUGGAAAUUCUGGGUGUCUACACUCUCUCAACAGCCAGAGCAUGGAUGAAAAUAUCUUUGUAACUCAGAGUGCCAAACUUCUUGUGCAUCCAUACAGUAAUGUUCCCUCAUUUGAAAGGAGUAUUUCAAAUGCCUCAAAUUCUGCAUCAUGUAUACUGCAGUCGUCACCGAUUCCUUCAGUCUCAAAUUCUGAAUUGGAAACCAGACAGCAGAAUGAAGCUCAUCAAUGGAUCCAAAGUAAAAGAGAAGAAAUUGUUGAUCAGAUGACUGAAGCAUGUUUGAAUCAAUCACUGGAUGCUCUUCUAGCAAAAUCUUUACUCAUGAAAGAAGAUUAUGAACUUAUAAGCACCAAACCUACAAGGACAUCAAAAGUACGACAACUGCUUGAUACUUCAGACAGCCAAGGAGAGGAGUUUGCCAUCAUUGUAGUACAAAAGUUGAAAGAUAACAAACAGCUAGGACUUCAACCUUAUCCAGACAUUGUAUCUAAUUCUCAAAAACUGCAUCCUUAAAUUUAUUCUCUCUAUAUGAAGCCAUGUGAAUAUUUCUUACAACAUGACUCUUGUUUCUAUAUAGUAGUUUUAUAUAUGUGUUGCUUUGUCCUCACUAUGCCUUUGUAGUCUCAGAAAUGACGCUGAGUUCAUCUAGCCUGCAUUUGGUGAGUGACCGGUUAACCAGUUGGAGUGCAGUCAUAAAGCCGAACAUUUUACACUCUUUGACUCACUUUUUAGAACUGUUUUGUUUAUACAUGACAAAGAAAAACAUUAAAUGUUCCCUAUUUUACAUAUAUGCUGUUUGUACAUAGCCUUUCCUUUCGCCUCACAGGACUGAGACAGCUCAUCUCAACGUGCAGUAUUUGUAUUUCUCCCUCCAUCUGCUCUUUGCCAUAGAGGAGGGAAAUAAUCUAGGUGCUCUAUUCUGGGGUUAUUAUGCUGUGUGUGUAAUAAAGUUUGCAUUGCAUUUUUACAGGA